AUGCUCUCUCCGUCUCUGCGUGGACGGCCUCAUGUCCUGCGUCUCGUCUCCCUGUCCGCGCUGUCUGGAGUAUCUGCAGUGUCUGGAGUAUCUGCAGCCCCCUUCCUCCGAGCCCCGCCCUCCUUCUGCCCCCGCGCGGCAUCUUCUCUUCUCCCCUCUGCAUCGCCAUACGCAGACACAUCCCGCCGACAGUUGACUACCGCAGCCAUGGGAGCCACCAAGAUAGACGGCACCGCCAUCGCAAAGGCCAUCAGAGAACGCCUCAAUGGCGAGAUCAAGGAGACCCAGCAGACGAACCCGCGCUUCAAGCCGUCUCUCGUCAUCUACCAGGUGGGCGAACGAUCGGAUUCCAGCACAUAUGUUCGCAUGAAGCUCAAGGCUGCUGAAGAGGCCGCUAUUAUCUGCAAACAUGUCCAAUUGCCCACCGACAUCUCCCAGUCCGACCUCCUCGCCCGCAUCACGGCUGACAACAAUGACGCUUCCGUCCACGGCAUCCUCGUCCAGCUGCCUCUCCCCGAGCACCUGUCCGAACACACCAUCACCUCGGCUGUCUCGCCUGAGAAAGAUGUCGACGGCUUCGGUACUUUGAGCAUUGGCGAGCUGGCCAAGCGUGGAGGGAAGCCGACUUUCAUCCCUUGCACCCCGCAAGGUGUCAUGGAGCUGCUGUAUGCCAGUGGCGUGGAGAUGACGGGUAAGACUGCCGUUGUGCUGGGACGAAGUGAUAUUGUGGGCAGUCCGGUGAGUUAUCUGCUAAAGAAUGCCGAUGCGACUGUCACGAUAUGCCAUUCCAAGACGAAGAACGUCGAAGAGGUGGUCAAGACGGCAGACAUCCUCGUUGCUGCCAUUGGGAAGCCAGAGUUCGUCAAGGCUGAAUGGCUUAAGCCUGGCGUGGUUGUUAUUGAUGUGGGCACGAAUUAUAUACCCGAUGCCAGCAAGAAGUCUGGUCAGCGGUUGGUAGGCGAUGUUGACUACGCAGGCGCCGUCGAGGUUGCGUCGCAGAUCACACCCGUGCCCGGCGGCGUGGGACCCAUGACGGUAGCUAUGCUGUUACAGAACGUUGUCAAGUCUGCUCGUUACUACUUUGACAAGGAACGGAGUCGAACCGUCUCCCCGCUGUCCAUCCACAUACUGUCGCCCGUCCCGUCUGAUAUUGCCAUCUCGCGCGCCCAGACACCCAAGCCCAUCACGCAAAUUGCCUCUGAAGUAGGCAUUGCACCACACGAAGUCGAGCCGUACGGCCACACCAAAGCCAAGGUCAGCCUGGACGUGCUCUCUCGUCUCGGCCAUCGACGAAAUGGUCGCUACAUCCUCGUUUGUGGCAUCACUCCCACCCCACUGGGCGAGGGUAAGUCGACCACCACCAUGGGCCUUACUCAGGCUCUGGGAGCACACUUGAACCGCGUCGUGUUUGCCAACGUACGACAGCCCAGUCAGGGUCCGACUUUCGGUAUCAAGGGCGGUGCUGCAGGCGGUGGAUACAGUCAGGUUAUUCCCAUGGAUGAAUUCAACCUGCACUUGACAGGCGACAUCCACGCCAUCACAGCAGCAAAUAACUUGCUCGCCGCAGCUCUUGAGACGCGCAUGUUCCACGAGUCCACCUCACCAGACGCAGGACUCUAUAAGCGCCUGGUGCCAACGAAGAAGGGCAAGCGUGAAUUCCAGCCGAUCAUGUUCCGCCGUCUGAAGAAGUUGGGAAUCACCAAGACAGACCCCAACGAGCUUACCCCUGAAGAGAUAAAGAGAUUCGCCAGACUUGACAUUGACCCUGAAACGAUCACCUGGCGCCGUGUUCUGGACGUCAACGACAGACAUCUACGAACUAUUACUGUUGGCCAGGCCGCCACUGAAAAGGGCCACACCAGACAGACCGGCUUCGACAUCUCCGUGGCCUCGGAGUGUAUGGCCAUUCUCGCGCUCAGCAACGAUCUGACCGACAUGCGCGAACGACUGGGCCGUAUGGUCGUCGCCUCUUCCCGUUCUGGCGAUCCAGUGACAUGCGACGACAUCGGUGCUGGUGGUGCCCUGACCGCUCUCAUGAAGGAUGCCAUAAAGCCCAACCUGAUGCAGUCCCUCGAAGGAACGCCCGUGUUCGUCCACGCCGGUCCAUUCGCCAACAUCAGUAUCGGCGCCAACUCUGUGGUUGCCGAUAAACUCGCGCUCAAACUCGCGGGCACAGAACCAGACGAGGACCACGACUCCACCACCGGUUUCGUAGUGACCGAGGCCGGCUUCGACUUCACCAUGGGCGGCGAGAGAUUCUUCAACAUCAAAUGCCGCUCCUCGGGACUCGUGCCUGACACCGUUGUUAUCGUUGCUACCGUACGAGCACUCAAAGUCCACGGCGGCGGGCCCGACAUCACGCCCGGCGCCGCUCUGCCCGAGGCGUAUAGACAGGAAGAUACAGAACUGCUACGAAAGGGCUGCGUCAAUCUACGCAAACACAUCAGCAACGCCAAACGAUACGGCGUCCCCGUCGUGGUGGCCAUCAACGUCUUCGAGUCCGACACCGCCGCCGAGCACGCCGUCAUCCGCGAGGAGGCCAUCGCAGCUGGUGCCGAAGACGCCGUUCCAGCCAACCACUGGUCCCUGGGCGGCAAGGGAGCCGUGGACCUGGCCGAGGUCGUCAUCAAGGCAUCCUCGCUCCCCAAGAAGUUCUCCUUCCUCUACGACCUGUCCGGCAGCGUGCAGGACCGCAUCUCGACCAUCGGACGCGAGAUGUACGGUGCCAGUGCUGUGGAGUUCAGCGAGCUUGCGGCCCGGAAGGUCGAGAUGUAUGAGAAGCAAGGAUACGGAGGGCUGCCUAUCUGCAUAGCCAAGACACAGUAUUCGCUCAGUCACGACCCGAGCCUCAAGGGGGCUCCAGAGGGCUUCGUGGUGCCGAUCAGAGAUGUCAGACUCGCUGUUGGCGCUGGAUACCUGUAA